AUGAAUCCCGAUAGCAAAGAUAUGGUUGAUGAAGCUGAAUUUGGCGCGUCAGAACUUGGAACAAAGGAAUAUUGGGAUUCGGUUUAUGCACGAGAGGCUAAAAAUUUUAUUGCAAAUGGUGAUAUUGGUGAGAUUUGGUUUGGUGAAAAUGCAGCGGAGAAGAUGGUUAAUUGGAUUCUAAAGCAUGCGCCAAACAAAUCAAUAAAGAUUUUAGAACUUGGCUGCGGAAAUGGCCAUAUUCUUCUUGACCUUGCCUCACAUAAUUAUACAAAUCUCACGGGGAUCGAUUACUCUCUAAAUGCAAUUGAAUUAGCAAAAUCUAUAGCUCAAGACCGUGGAUAUGAGCAUGUGAUAAAAUAUCAUGUGGUUGAUUUAUUGUCUAACAACAUACAAACAGGAGAAAUUAAUGAUAUUGGGUUUGACAUUGUGUUAGAUAAAGGAACUUAUGAUGCAAUUAGUUUGAAUCCUGAAAUGGUAGCCAAACGAGAGAGAGGUGAAAAAGAUCUGUACCCUGGAUUGGUAAAAAGAUGGUUAUCAAAAAGCUCCGAAUAUAGUAUUUUUUUAAUUACUAGUUGUAAUUGGACAAAAGAGGAAUUGGAGCAACGAUUCGGAGAUGAGUUUAAUUAUCAUUCAUCUGUUAAACAUCCCACAUUUACUUUUGGUGGCAUUACUGGGCAAACAAUAUCAACCGUAGCAUUCAAACUAAAAGAAAAAUAG